UGUCGCGCGGGGGGAGGAGCGGGGUCCUGGUGCCCCGGGCGGGGGCUGCUCGUUCCAGCCCGCGUGGAGCCCUGUGUGUGCCCCCCCUCCCCGCUGUGACAGUGGUUUAGCCCGUGUGGAGCCCUGAAGGGGUGUGCCCCCUCAGUGUAAUGGUCUGUCCCAUGUGGUGCCUAGCUUCCUGCUCGGCUGUCGUGUUUGAGAGAUUCACCAUACCUAAUGACCAUUCAGCCCUUUGGAGAGUGUCUCUUGACUCUCCCUCCCUGAUGAUCAAGAACUGAAAACCUUUGAAACGUCCAUUGGCAUUUCCUAUACAAGGGUGAGAACAGCCAGUCCGCUGUGCUGGACAACGGCGCCCUCAAAGCAUCGGAGACCUGCCAGCCUUGCUCCGAGUCGGCAGCCGUAGCUAGGCGAGCCCCGUCUUUUACGACGGCAGGGAACAAAUGAUGGCUUACGCUCAGGAAAUGGCUUGACCGUCCCUGGUAGCGGAGGAGCCAUGGAUUGGCCCCGACCAGGGUCCAGCACGUGCCGGGAGAAGUGGCCCAUCUGAAGUGGAGGUGAUGCGACGCCCCAUGACAGAGCCAGCAGGACCAUGGGUUUGCGAUUGCGGGGCUGUCUCUCCGCCUUGCCCACUGCUGUGGUGUACGGGUCCCUCUCGCUCUUCAUUUCCAUUUUGCACAACGUGUUCCUCCUGUACUACGUGGACACCUUUGUCUCCGUUUACAAGAUUGAUAAACUGUCCUUCUGGAUCGGCGAGACAGUGUUUCUGAUCUGGAACAGCCUCAACGACCCCCUCUUUGGCUGGCUGAGUGACCGGGUAUUUCUUAGCACGCAACAGCCGGGAGCGGAGAUCUCCUCGCCAGAAGUUGUUCUGAAGAGGCUUAAGGCUCUGAGCCGCAAUGGCCCCCUAUUUGCCCUUUCCUUCCUGGCUUUCUGGGUUGCGUGGGCCCACCCAGGCUUGCAGUUCCUCCUCUGCCUCUGCUUCUACGACAGCUUCCUCACCAUGGUCGAUCUCAACCACAACGCCUUGCUCGCGGACCUCGCCGUUUCUGCCAAGGACAGGACCAGCCUCAACUUCUACUGUUCGCUCUUCAGUGCCAUCGGUUCGCUCUCCGUCUUCAUGUCCUACGCAGUGUGGAACAAAGAGGACUUCUUCUCUUUCCGCAUAUUUUGUGUGGCGCUGGCUCUCUGCUCCGUCCUUGGCUUCAGCCUGUCAACGUGGCUGCUGAGGCAACGAUUUGAGACUGAAGGGAAAGCAAAAUGGGACCAAGAGGCCACUUUGAAAGAAUUGGACGUGGAGCAGCCGUCUGCCCCGCAGGAGAAGAGGAUCACGCUGGCCGAGUACCUCAAGCAGCUCUCCAGGCACCGCAACUUCCUCUGGUUCGUCUGCAUGAACCUGAUCCAGGUAUUUCACUGCCACUUCAACAGCAACUUCUUCCCUCUCUUCCUGGAACAUCUGCUGUCUGACCAGAUCUCUGUGUCCACAGGAUCCUUCCUGCUGGGCAUUUCCUACAUUGCUCCUCAUCUCAACAACCUCUACUUCCUGUCUCUGUGCCAAAGAUGGGGGGUUUACGCUGUGGUGCGUGGGCUCUUCUUCCUGAAGCUGGUGCUCAGCGUGGUCAUGCUCUUGGCAGGACCUGACCAGGUGCAUCUGCUCUGCAUCUUCAUCGCCAGCAACCGGGUCUUCACUGAAGGGACUUGCAAGUUGCUGAACCUGGUUGUCACCGACUUGGUGGACGAGGAUUUUGUCUUGAACCGCAGGAAGCAGGCGGCCUCGGCCCUCUUGUUUGGGAUGGUCGCUUUGGUGACCAAGCCAGGCCAGACCUUUGCCCCUCUGAUUGGCACCUGGCUGCUGUGUGCUUACACAGGUUACGACAUCUUCCAGCGGGACCCUGUGAGCAACGUGAUGAGCACCCAGCCGAAGCUCGAGUCCGGCACGGCCUGGAAGCCCACCCUGCGCCAAGGCUGCUUCUACCUCCUCGUCAUCAUCCCCAUCACAUGCGCGCUGCUGCAGCUCCUCAGCUGGUCCCAGUUCAACCUGCGGGGCCGGCGCCUGCAGGCGGUGAAGGCCCAGCGCCAGGUCCUGACUCGGGGUCGCUCGCGAGAGAUCAAGAUGAUCUGAGACCCCUUCGGAGCCCUUUCUGGGGACCCUGCCUCUUGCCAACUGUGUCUAGUGCGGUGCGCCUCCAUGCCGUCCGGUGCAGCAGAGGCCAGCGGUGUUACUGGUCACCGCAUCCAGGUGCUUACGAUUCAACUGUGAAAUGCCCCAAUACUUGCCAGGCAAAGAUUUACUCAUUCCAGGAGGCGGCAGGCGCUUCGUAGAGACAGGUGAUUGCAGCAGUGCCAGGUGGGUUUGCUCAGGCAGGCGCAUGGAGUCCCGGGUUCGCAUCCCCGUUGUCGUCCUUCAAAUAUAAGAUCCCCUGGAAUUUGAGACAGAUGUUCCGACUCUCCAAUGCAGCCAAAAAAACCCAAAUCAAAUAUCCUAGUAAAGUAAAUUGACAAGGGCACAGCCAUGGCAGGGCACAGGAAAGCUUUUCACUGUUUACAUUUUAACUCAGGUUUAGGACACGGGCAUUUUUGGAAGGAAUACUUCGUUUUAAAAUGUUUCUUAUAUUUGAAGGAUUACAACAGAGGCGGACAACAGGGGAACGAACAACUUGCUUGCAUUGAGUUGUGGAGAGAGCUGGUUGAGUGAGGUCUCUAGGGCAGCAUUUCACCCCGUGGGACUCCCAUGGGAAAUGCUUGGCCAGUUUGGCAGUGGCUUUGUGCCUGGCCAGUGGGACUCCAUGCCUUGCCUCUGCCCCCAUCUGGAGCAGCAGGAGUGGGUGGCAAUGCAGAAACUUCCAUUUUGGGGGUGAUGGGUGCCCUCCACCCACUGCCAGAUAAGGGCUGGGAUGGGCAGGGUCCCACUGGAGUGCUGCCUGGAGGACUGGAGACCCAGGCAGGACUCAGAGCUGAAAGGGGGUAUGAAGGACCACAGGGAAGGCAGGGAUAGGGGCAGGUCUCGGUGCUGGGAGACUCCAGUGCAGCGGUCCCAGUGCUGACGCUGAGCAGGAGAGAGUCCCCGUCGCUGCCUGUGAUCCGGGGCGGUUUCUCCAUGACAGCGGGUACGGCCGCACUCGGCUCAUGGUGCUGAAUCUCGGGUUAGAGACGGGCUUCCAGGCUCCUCAGUGGACUCGGCACUGGGGGCUCUGGCGACAGUCCUCAUCCCCUCCCUCCCCUGUCAGCUGUGCUGGAGGACCCGUGCACUGCCACUCUCCAGCAAGCUGGCAGUGUGGGGGAUUGCUGAGCACCGUAAUAUUCCCCCCCUUCCAGCCCCAUCGCAGCCAGUCUCUUAACAAGGUAGGGGCCCUCCCAUGCCCAGCCACGCAAGUAAUUUCACAGGCGUCAGCAGUGCUGGGGGGCUGGAGCAUGGCCCCGCAUCGCUGGCAGGGUGUCUGAGGGCAGCAUGGGCUCUGCUGUAAGUCCAGGGACCCUUUGCCCAGCUCUGCACCUUCCUUGCCCUUGCUGGGACAGGAAAGCGCAGCCUCACAUGGCCGCUGGGUUCUUCCUGCCUUGAACCGUCUUAAACCCCUUGCACAGUACUCUGAGCGAAGUCCUGGCCCCAGCAAAGUCCCAGGCAAAGCUCCCGUCUGCUGCCCCUGGGGCCAGGAUUUCACCCUCUUGGAAGGGGCGUUUGUUUCAUCUCCUGGGACAUGCCAGGCUCUUAGAGCAGUGUUUGAAUGGGUGAAGACCAACCCCGGUCUGUCACUGGCUUUGACCCUCCUGCUUUAUUUACAUCAUAGACAAGGAGGGUGGAAGGGAGUUCAGGAGGUCACAUCCAGUCCAGCCCCCUGCUCUAAGCAGGACCAGCCCCAACUACAUCAUCCCAGACAGGGCUUUGUCUACCUGGGGCUUAAACACCUCCAGGGAUGGAGAGUCCACCACCGCUCUGGGGAGCCUGUUCCAGUGCUUCACCGCCCUCCUAGCAAGAAAAGUUUUCCUAAUAUCUAACCUCAACUUCCCUUGUUGCACAUCGUGUUCGGCUAAUAUCCUGUGAUAGCUGUGGAGCAGUUUAGUGCAGGUUGCUCUGGCCUUUCCCCGGGCUGGGAUCAGGUCGUGCGCAGGGUUGUAGCUAGCAGAGUUUUCCUCCCAGCGGCGUACACAGCUCCACGUCCUGUGCAGUCCCCUGGCUUGUUGGCAGGGAAGGUUUGGUGCUGAGCACAUGUCUGCUGGUGUCAGUAGAGCCGGAGCCCGAGAUGACGCCCAAGCGCCCUGGCGUUCAGUCUGGUUUGGCUGCAAGAGGACCAGCUUCUGCCGCAGGAGCCGGGCGAGCGCUGGGAGCUCCCGAGGCCCAAGGCGCCGUCCUGUGCAUGUGCUGCGUCUUCACCCAGGGGCCGGUCAGGUGGCACCAUCGGCUUCCCUCCAUCCUGCUGUUAACUACGGAGCCAUCGACAUCCCCACUGCCACGUCUUUUUGGGGCACGACUGCCUCCAGCCUUGGACCAAGACACAAGGAAGCCAUGACACUGCCUGGACCCCUCCGUCUCUUCGGGCAGUUACGCCCUGACUUAUCCAUGUGACUUUUAUCAGGCCUUGUGCCUGACUUUUAGUUUCCGAGCCACAGGUGAUUAAAGGCCUUUUCUGUA